AUGCCUUCAGGAAUGUCUUUGGAUGCGGCUGCUCAGCAGUUAGCUCUUGCUCAGCAGCAUCGCGACUGGAUCCAGCAGAUCGCCUCUAAUCCUCUACUGGCACCAGGAGGCAUAAUCAAUCCACAUGCCAUGAGUCAAGCCAUGCUACAAAAUCCUCUCCUAAUGGCUCAGGCCAAUGCUAUCUCGCAAGCAAUGAAUAUUGAAGCAGAUGGAGUUGACUUGGGUUUUGAUGGUCAGCAUGAAAAAGCGGAGGAGAACAGUAUGGGGCUUGAACGCGGAUCAAGCCCUUUGUCAACAGCACAACAAUUACCACAGCAGCAAUCGCAACAACAAUCAGCACGCUCGCCGAUCCCAUCUCAGAGUUCCUCCAAUGGAGUACAGUCGCGUUCAGGCAAGAAACCCCAUCAUGAACUGCUGACUGAAGCCGAAAAGAAGGCAAAUCACAUUGCCUCAGAGCAGAAGCGCCGACAAAACAUCCGAAUUGGGUUUGAUUCUCUUGUGGAGAUUGUUCCUACAUUGAGUGAUUGUCAUCGGAGUGAGGCUGUUAUUCUUCAGAAGUCUGUCGACUAUAUCCAUCGACUAUUGAAUCAAAAGAAUGAGCUCAAGAGCAGGGUGCGUGAGCUCCAGGCACAUCUGGGUGACCCUUUGGACGACUCUGGAUCAGAAAUGGAUGUCGAGCAAAGCGAUUAG